GGGCGGUCCGCGCUGUCGCCUCUUACACUGACUCGAUGCGCCGAGCCUUCACGUUGAUUGUGGGGCUUCUUAAAAAGUUGAUCAAUUUCAGACCACGUUUUCGUUUGAGAUUUGAUUAUUAUGUAUUCCAGGUCGAUUUUCCUUUUCGCUUUACUCUUGGUGGUAACAGAUAAACUGAAUGGAUUUGGGGUUUCUAUUGAAACAAACCCCCCAGUGGUGGAAUUUGGACACUCCCUGGAGGUGACCUGCAGUACAACAUGUAAUAACUCAACAAUAAAUGUGGAAUAUAAACCAGGGAUAAGUCCCAUAAAAGUUCAUGGUGAUAAGCAGAUUACAGAUCGACUUCCGAGUGUCCAGAAAUGGGAUCUGACUGUGCCGUGUACUGUAGUUUGUCUAUCUGCAAACAAUACAGUGAAGGAGAGCAAAUAUGUGGUCCCAGUGUACAAUCGAAACUUAAGCAUCGUUCUACAUCCUGACGUGCUGGAAGUUAACAAACCAUAUCAGCUGGAGUGCUUUGGCCCGAAGGUCUAUCCAAAGAACAAACUCGUACUCACCUGGCUCAGAGGGAGUGAGGUUGUUCAGCGUAAUUCCACAGAGGAACAAGGUUUCCCAGAUGAUGGUCCACUGAAGAACAUCUUUCAUUUCACUCCAAGUAUUUCAGACAAUGGACUGGUGUACACCUGCUUGGCAGAGUUGAAAUUGAGCGAUAACUCCACCAAAUGGAUCGCAAACGCAUCUGUGACUCUGCAAAUGUACUAUAAACCUCAAAAUACAGUCAUAUCAGUGAAUAAUAAACCAACAUCCGAGCUUGUAAUAUUCAUCAGAAAAGGUGAUGAAGCUGUAGUGACCUGCCGUUCAAAUGGAAACCCCGCAGUCACGAUAAAGUGGAGAUACCCCCAUCAGGGCAGCAAGAAUGAGACUUAUCCUUCUGGGGUUCUCAGCAUUUCCGAAAUGACAUCAGCACAUGGAGGAAUUUACACAUGUAUAGCUACAAAUCUACUGGGAAGUGACAGUAAGACAGUGAUCAUCAGCAUCAGGGGUGUCAAAGGUGAAGAAUGGAUGAUAGCGCUGAUUAUUAUAGAAGUUGCGUUUGUUCUCUGUGUUAUAUUGGCUGUCAUUUGCUGCUGGAUGUUAUGCUACCUCUCAAAAAGUGGAAGCUAUGUAACUCAGGAAAAUCCUUCAGAACUUAAUUAAGUACAAGAUGAGGAAAAAUGAUCCCUUUGGAUGAAAUCAGUGAAUAAACUCCAGAGAUGAUACGUAUUCCAAACAAGUUUAGUUAAUAUCAAGAUCCAAGGCUCAAGACCAUUUAUUGUCAUUCUUCAGCACUGGAGCAUAAAGGAGAAUAAAAUGAUUGUUACUCCGGACCAUAAAAGAGCAUAAUGAACACAAAAAGCAUAAAGAACAUGCAAAAGCACAAUAAUUGUAAAUAUGACUUGCGUUUUCUCUUGCUAUUGCAAGACCCUGUUGGACAUUGAUAAUGUAAGACAGCAGGCCUAUUUCCCUUGUUUGGUGGUACAACAGGCGGCGAGGAAGCUGAAUAGCCUUGGCUGAAGUGAGGACUAGGGCCUUGAACCGUAGGUUUGUCUGUUGUUGCAGUGCAGAAGAGGGGGAAGAGGGGACAGCAGAGUCAAUGCUUGGUUGGGGGCUGGCCUCGCCUGUUGGUGUACCCUCCAGUAUUGGAUUGGUGGAAUGCCUGUAUGCUGCACGCACAAUUGCUGAGACCUGUACCGUUAAUUGGCAGGACAUGUCGCUCAGGGUCUUGGGCUAUGUAUGUGGGGUUUUUUUUUUGCAUGACUAUGUUUUUUUGCUCACUAUUUUGCAUGUGCUGUGUACGUUUUGCAUCUUGGUUCCAGAGGAACACUGUUGCAUUUGGCUGCAUCCGUGUAUGGUUGAGUGAUAAUUAUACUUGACUUGAUUUGAUUUGAAGAAUAAAAGCAAGCUGAUAAAACACAGUGUACAAGUAACUGUUGCAUACAUGGAUUGAUUGCAUGUACAUAAAGUGACAUUAGGUUAUAUGGAUAUAGUCGUCAUUGGGGGUUAAUGGGUGGAGGAGUUAACCGCUCUGAUGGCUCGGAGAAGUACCUAUUUCUGAGUCUCGUGGUCCUGGGGUGGAUAAAAAGAAAUAAA